AUGGCCCAAUCUCUCAUAUUCCCCGUCAAGAAGCAUGCUCCUGAGUUAGUUACUCCAUCGAAACCAACACCUCAUGAAGUAAAAUUACUAUCCGACAUUGAUGACCAAGAUGUGUUACGUUUACAUAUUCCACUGAUACAAUUUUAUAACUACGAUCCAAAUAUGAAAGGAAAAGACCCUGUUGAUAUAAUUAAAAAAGCACUUGCGAAAACACUUGUGUUUUAUUAUCCAUUUGCAGGUAGGUUGAGAGAAGGUCCUAGUAGAAAACUUAUGGUAGAUUGUAAUGAAGAAGGUGUUUUAUUCAUUGAAGCUGAUGCUGAUGUUACUCUUAAAGAAUUUGGUGAUGUUCUUCUUCCUCUUUUUCCUUGCUUGGAUGAGCUUCUUUAUGAUGUUCCUGGUUCUUCAAACAUUAUCAACGCUCCAUUGAUCCUUAUUCAGGUAACACGUCUCAAGUGCGGUGGUUUCAUAUUUGCUAUUCGUAUAAACCAUACAAUGAGUGAUGCAUUUGGUAUAGCUCAAUUCAUGAAUGCCUUAGCAGAAAUAUGUCGUGGAAUGAAUGAACCUUCAAUCUCACCGGUGUGGCGCAGAGAACUUCUAAGCGCAAGGAACCCACCAAGAGUGACAUGUUAUCAUCCCGAACUCGAACAAGCACCAGAUAACAAAGGAAUCGUUAAUGUCAUACCCUUAGACAACAUGGCCCGACGAACUUUCUUCUUCGGCCCCAUAGAGGUAGCCACAAUUCGCUCUCUCCUUCCAACCGACGAACAACAACAAUGCUCCAAAUUUGAAAUCAUCACCGCUUUCCUUUGGCGUUAUCGUACAAUAGCGUUACAGCUAGAUUCAAACGAAGAAGUCUGUAUGUAUUUUGCAGUCAAUGGACGUAGCAAAUUUGUUGACCUACAAUUACCGAAUGGUUACUAUGGUAACGUUAUUGCAAGUCCUGCUAUUGUUACAACUGCGGGAAAAUUAAUUGAAAAUCCAUUGGGGUAUGCAUUGAACUUAGUUAAGAAAUCAAAAGCUAAAGUGACCAAAGAAUAUAUGCAUUCAUUGGCAGAUUUAAUUGUUAUCAAGAGUCGACCUCUGUCUACUACGACGGAACUUAUGUUUAUAGUGUCUGAUACUACACGUUUAGGAUUUAGAGAUGUUGAUUUUGGUUGGGGAAAAGCUGUUUAUGGAGGACCAGCUAUGGAUCCUCCUUUUCCUGGUAUUGCUAGCUUUUAUAUACCUUUUACAAAUGCUAAAGGAGAAGAAGGUUUUGUUGUCCCACUUUGUUUGCCAGAACAAGCCAUGGAGAGAUUUGUAAUAGAUCUUGAUAGUGUGCUUAAGGGAAACAGUAACCAAUCUGCAAACGGUGAUACAAAUUAAUCUGGUAUCAUUAAAUCUUGGUUGUAGUUGUUUUUAGAAUUUUCCUUGUACUAAAAUCUUAAGAAUUUACUUUGUUUGCAUGAGAAAACUCAUCAUGAUCUAAA